UAAAAUCUCCAUCUCACUAUUAACAUCUUUUGUAUUUUGGUGGAACGCUGUUAAGCAUUACUCGUCGUCGUUGGUGCAGGGGUUCUUCUCCUAGUAAAUUGCCCUCCGCCUUUUCACUUCAACCUCCGCCAUCAUCCGCCGCAUCCCGCCGGAAAGGUGCAAAGAAUCAUAAUAAGAAAACAUGGUGGUACCUUCCGGUAACUCCUUCGCUAAGGAGAUGACCAUCCGAAAACGUAUCGGCAACAUAUUUAAUAAAAGGGUGGAGGAUUUUCCAUCAUUAAGAGAGUAUAAUGACUACUUAGAGGAAGUUGAGGACAUGAUUGUAAACUUGGUUGAAGGAAUAGAUGUUCCUGUUAUUGAAGCAAAGAUUGCAUACUACCAAAAAGAAAAUGCAGAACAAAUAAUGAAUGCUCAAGCUCGUAAGGCUGAAGAAUAUGCAGCAGCAUUAGCAGCAAGCAAAGGACAACCUGCACAAACUGAUGUUGAUAUGGCCACGGGUGCGAGCUCCCAGUUCGGGGUGUCGACUUCAGACGGGCAUUAUGUCCCGGCUGUUGCUGGUGGGACAAUCCCACAACCACGGCCCACACAACCUCUCCCAGUGGGGUCCGGGGAUGACCUACACGCGUAUCAUAUGGAUGAUGAAGAGAUGAUGAGAUUAAAAGCCGAACGAGGUGGAAAGGCGGGAGGGUGGAGCAUAGAAUUAAGCAGAAAACGAGCCCUUGAAGAAGCCUUCGGAAGCAUUUGGAUCUAAUAUUUUCAAUUUAAUAAUAUAAAUUCCUUUUUUUUUUGACUUAAUGAGGUUAAUCUUGUGGGCUAUAUAUGCGUGUUUUCUUUUUUACUUAAUCCAGACAACAUUUAAUGAGGGAGAAAAAAAACAAGGGCUAAGAGUGUAAAGAACAUUUUUAUGGUGACAAUGGGAUUUUUGAUCAUGUAUUAUGGACAUAUAUUUGAAUUGGAUAAAAGUUGAAUGCAAACAUGGGAAAAUGUUAUAA